CCGCCGUCGCAGCCGCCUCUAUGAGGCCCUCUUUCCCCCCGCCGGCGGCGCCGCUGAGGGAUGUUUGCGUGGAGCUGCCGGCGCUGAGGCUGCCGGCGCCGGGAACGGUUCCAGGGCCUGUCAUGGGGGUGAGCGGCGGGCCCGGAGGCAGCGGCGGCGGCGCCCUGUUUCCUGAGCGGUUUCGUCUGCCGCUCUGCUGCCUGGGCGUCUUCGUCUGCUACUUCUGGUACGGCGUCCUGCAGGAGACAAUUACGAGAGGCAAAUAUGGGGAAGGAGCAAAGCAGGAAAAGUUCAGAUAUGCUCUGUCUUUGGUCUUCAUCCAAUGUGUGAUCAAUGCCAUUUUCGCCAAACUGUUGAUCCAGUUUUUUGACAGCGUCAAGGUGGAUCGGACACAGAACUGGCUAUACGCAGCUUGCUCUCUCUCCUACCUGGGUGCCAUGGUCUCCAGCAACUCCGCCCUGCAAUUUGUCAACUACCCAACUCAGGUGCUGGGGAAGUCCUGUAAACCUAUUCCAGUCAUGCUCCUGGGGGUGACGGUGCUAAGGAAGAAGUACCCCUUGUCCAAAUACCUGUGUGUCUUGCUGAUCGUCACCGGCGUGGCCCUGUUCAUGUACAAACCAAAAAAGGGAGGAGACGUCGGGGACGACCACCUCUUUGGGUAUGGAGAACUCCUGCUGUUGCUGUCCUUGACCUUGGAUGGACUGACCGGAGUGUCUCAGGACCACAUGAGAGCUCAUUACCAGACUGGUUCUAAUCACAUGAUGCUGAACGUCAAUCUGUGGUCUACUUUGUUCCUCGGAGCCGGUAUCUUGUUUACAGGAGAGCUUUGGGAAUUCUUGAGUUUCACUGAGCGUUACCCCAGCAUCAUCUACAACAUCCUCCUCUUUGGCCUGACAAGCGCCCUGGGCCAGAGUUUCAUCUUCAUGACUGUAGUAUACUUCGGGCCCCUGACCUGCUCCAUCGUCACCACCACCCGCAAAUUCUUCACCAUCUUGGCUUCGGUCAUCCUGUUUGCCAAUCCGAUCACCGGGCUGCAGUGGGUGGGCACCAUUCUAGUAUUCCUCGGACUUGGACUGGAUGCCAGAUACGGGAAAGCGUCCAAGAAAACCUCACAUUAAGACAGCAGUGGGUCCUUCUCUUGGAAACCUCAACCUGAACAAACUGUUAACUUAUUGUCUUACU